UGAAAAAUACUAAGAUCUGAUUGCAAGUUUCCUAAAAUCGACCGACAACCUAUCAUUCUAGACAAAUAUUAAAUGGAUGAAAUGACGUCUUCAUGAACAAAUAUUAUCCAUGUAAGGUAUAUACAAUAACAAUCAAAUUCUCACUUGAAAUUAAUAUUUUUCGAGACUUGACUUCGAUUAGUUCUGGUAUCUUGAGCACAACAAAGGGAAAAAAAUCUGGUCGAAAAAAUGGCCUUAGCCAUCAGUUAUUUACUGGUAUCCGUUCGUUAUACUCUUAUGGUUUUGUUGCCUGUGAAUCUUGUUGGAAAUUCUUUUGUUGUAGUUAUCUUCUUAAAAAUGAAGGCGGCGCGGCAGUUCUCCGACUUCUUGCUUUUCAACCUCGCCAUGGCGGACCUCUUGUUUGGGACUGUAGUUUCGAUCUGCAACCUGGCUUUCCACUUCGCUGGUACUGCCAUCAAUGAUUUCUACUGUAAAAUCACAGGUGGAGUUGUUUAUCUCGGCUGUGGAGUUUCCGUGUUUACUCUGGCUGCAAUCGCUAUGGAAAGACACGGCGCAGUGGUUAAACCCGUGCGCGCAAGGGUUCGAUUGCGCGAUUUGAAAAGACACCGCAAAAUUGUACAAAUCAUCUGGAUAGUCGCCCUCGUUUUCGUCAGCCCAAUUGUCGUAUUUCUGAAGAAAAUAGACGUCUCCGAGAACAUUGUCGACUGUGGCUUUGUGCAAAAUGAUGGCAUGGCGGAGUUUGGACGAAUCUACGACGCUCUGGUGGUUCUUUUGCUGUUUUUUGUUCCUAACUGCUUUAUGUACUGUCUUUACGGAAGGCUAGUUUACAAACUCUGGUGCGACAAUCAACUUCACAGAAAGCCAAGACUUGCCCUGAUGAACUCUCGCGAUAAACUGACGAAAGUGUCUUUCGCUAUCACGAUGGUGUUCACAGUUUGCUGGGCGCCCUAUUAUUUGCGAACCCUUUUGGCUCUUGUCUUAGGCAGACGUAUGUUAAUCUUGAGUUUAGUCGUUUGUCGCAUUUUUAUUGUCGUCAAUUCUUGCGCAAAUCCAAUAAUAUACACUUUGCAAUGCACUCGAUUUAGAAGGAAUUUAAAGGGAUUACUCGAUUGCAGGAAAAAGGGAAGAAAGAUCUCACCCCACAAAAAAUUAAAUAACCGACUAUCAUGAUUUUACAGGAAAUUCCCUGUCACACUGCUGUGCAAACGAAUAAAAAAAGCACUGCCUGAAUCGAUCAAUGCAAGACAGCUUUUUUUCAGUAUGCUUGGAAAAGUCAAUAAGGUGCUAACUUUCGACCCCCGCUAUGCUUUAAGAGGUUGAUUUAGUUAUUUAGUGUCCGUGCGCAAUGAAAUUAAUAUAACUUAAUGCUCAAACACGCUGGUUCAGUCCGCUAAAUCCAUAUGUCUGAAACACUUUGUACUUUCCCCUUCUCACUGUUAUUUAUAUCUCCUUCCUCAAAAAAUAUUCAAAGAUGUCCGUGGAUGCAAAUAUUGUUUUCACAAUUUUUUUUCAUUUUUCUUUAAUCUGGUACCCACCAAGCCUUAGUGAGGAGUCGUUAAGGCAGGCGAAAACAUCCUGCGAAUUCAAAAGGAUCUGUUUGAGUCCCUUUGUGAAACGUUUGACUUGUGUUUAUACCUACUAGCAUAGUCAGUAGAGGUCGCGCAGGUCCGCCCAGGCAUUGCAAUGUUAUUACGUAAUGAAACAGAAAGAGUGCACUAUGGUGACAGCGCUUGAUUCCCAUCAAUGUGACACAAGUGUUCUCUCUUCCGCAAAGGUUGGAAACUUUCGUUAUAGAAAGCCAGUGUGCGACAUGAGUGUAGGCGCAAUUGCCCUUCACGUAACCCUAACCUACCUCGCACUCAUAUCGUUUAACGGAUUCUCCCCGCCCGAAAAACCCAUUUGAGUCUCUGCGGAGGAGAGAGACCCGAGUGUAAACCCUGAACCCUCCAUCAUUAGUGGAUUAAGCGACGCUUGGUUGUUGCUACCUGUUCUUGUUUGGCGAGUUUUUUCUG